GUUGGUGGUUCAGUCCCGGUGCUAGAGUGCUCUUGUGCGGGUCGUCUCCAACGACACAACCACAACGUCAACAAAACAACGUCGCCGUGUGCUUGAGUGCGAGAGAGACAGACAUAGUGUGCAGCGGCGUUUUGUCAGGAGUCGCGCGACUUUGACUGACUGCAGUAGACCGGUCCAAUCUGCGGGGACGUGUGUAUUCCAUCCAUAUGGUUCCCGUUCCCGCUCUCGCCAGCUGUUAGCAACUCGGGGACUCGAGCUGAGUAAAAGCCAAGUUACCGAUGACCUCAAACUGGCAGAGCAUUGCGACAGAUCUGAUCAGCAAUCACCGAGGUCAGCUGAGUGGGGAGCAUCGUCACUAGUCGUAGGGAUGGACGAAGUGGGGAGAGCGGCUGUAGCCGAGUUGGUAGGGGGCUGCCAACAGAUGAACUAUUAAAUCUACACUAUUAUUAUGUGUCAUAGAACCAGUUUUGAUAAAAUAACAAAUCGAAAGGAUUUGGUGGAUGGGGCGGCCGAGUGACUGAAGGGGUGGCAUGCACCACCAGGUGCCGCCCCCACCGCCUCCGGGCUCAGAGGGGCGCCGGGACCCACAUUUGGCACCCGACCCCUCUGGCCCCCAUCAUGCCCCUGGACCACCCCCUCCACCUGCCGCCACCUGCUCGCACUGGGAGCUUGACCUUGACCUACGGCAUCACAUUCAGCACUGCGCCUGCACCUGCAACCAUAUGGGCUACGGAAACUAUAUGGACUACCAGUGUGCUUGUUUUCAGCCUGGACCUCGUUUUUGUAUGGGGGAAACAAUACCUUGUACAAGAACGACAUGUUUGUCGGAACUGGGUCCUGGUCCACCGUUGCCUCUCAUGAAUGGGGCCAUUCGCUGCAACGGCCAAGGUCACGCGCUGCUCGCAAGGGCAGGGUCCAUUAGCAGCUACAGUAGUGAUGGCGAUAAGCGUAAGCAGCUCAUUCUUUCAGCCUGUAGAGCGCUGUUCGAGGUGACGGUGCGGCCAUGGUGCGUGUGCAUGUUGUGCGUGCUAGUGUGCGUGGUGGCGUUGCUGAUGCUGUGGCCCCCCUGGCAGCACGAGCCGCCCCCGCCGCACCCCAGGCACCUGGACUCGCUCGAACAGAGGCUGGAUGCCGUCGCUGUACUUCUCAGCGAAGUCCCGCUCAUUGAUGGACACAACGACUUGCCGUGGAAUAUCCGGAAAUUUGUUCACAAUCAAUUGAGCAACUUGAAUUUCUCGUUGGAUUUGCGUCAGGUUGAGCCCUGGUCGAAAUCGAACUGGUCCCAUACCGACCUACCGAGGCUACGCGAGGGACUUGUUGGUGCUCAGUUUUGGUCAGCCUACUCACCAUGCGGCUCUCAAUUCAUGGAUGCUGUACAAGUAACCAUGGAGCAGAUAGACGUUAUCAGAAGGCUGACAGAGAUGUACGAUCAAUACCUCGAGUUUGUGACAUCCGUAAAAGAGCUUGAGGACGUGCAUCGUCGAGGGAAAAUUGCAAGUCUGGUUGGAGUGGAAGGGGGACAUUCGCUGGGAAACUCCCUGGGUGUGCUGAGGAUGUAUUACGAUCUGGGAGCGCGCUAUCUCACUCUCACCCAUACUUGUCACACUCCCUGGGCAGGCUGUUGUUUGGGUACAGAGGAAAUGGAUCCACCAACAGAAGAUGAGAACCAAGGACUUUCUUACUUCGGAAGUCAGGUGAUAAGGGAGCUGAACAGACUGGGCAUGCUGGUGGACCUGAGUCACACUUCGGUUCGCACCAUGGAGGAUGCUCUCAACGUGUCCAUUGCACCCAUCAUAUUCUCGCACUCAUCCGCCUUCGCCCUCUGCAACUCAACUCGCAAUGUCCCUGACCAUGUGCUCAAACUGGUGGCCUUAAACGGUGGAAUUGUAAUGGUGAAUUUCUACUCAUAUUUCAUUACUUGCAACCAGUCUUCAUCGUUGGAAGAUGUCAUUGCGCAUAUUAAUCAUAUAAGGAGUGUAGCCGGUGAAGAUCACGUGGGUAUUGGAGCCGGCUAUGAUGGAAUUAAUUCGACUCCGAAAGGGUUGGAAGAUGUGUCUAUGUAUCCUCAUUUGUUUGCUGCGCUGAUGGAGGACCCAACGUGGACGGAAGAGCAACUCAAGAAAUUAGCUGGUCUCAAUUUCCUCAGGGUCUUCUCAACGGCUGAACAGGUAAGUUUGAAGUUUUUACUAUUAAAUUGAUAUAUUUCCUGCAGUAUCCUAGUAACAAACUAUCCAGCAUGGAACAUGAAGUC